AUGUCAGUAUUUCCUGCCCUCGCAACCCCCAAUGACAGCACUCCAAUGGCUCCCACCUUUUUGUUGGUGGGCAUGCCAGGCCUGGCAGCUGUACCCUCUUGGUGGACCAUGCCCCUCAUCAUUGUCUAUUUGCUUUCUGCCCUGGGCAAUGGUACUGUCCUCUGGAUCAUUGCUCUGGAACCUGCCCUGCGUCGACCAAUGCACUUCUUCCUCUUCUUGCUCAGUGUGUCUGAUGCUGGCUUAGCCACAUCCCUGAUGCCCACACUGUUGGGCCUUGCCCUUGCUGGUGCACACACUGUCCCUGCAUCAACCUGUUUUCUACAGAUGUUCUUUAUCCACAUCUUUUCUGUCAUGGAGUCCUCUGUCUUACUCACCAUGGCUGUUGACCGGGCACUGGCCAUCUGCCUCCCUCUCCACUACCCAGCACUCCUGACCACCAGUGUCAUCCAAAAGAUCAGCCUAGUCAUUGCUUUUCGAUGCCUGGGUCUCCAUCUGCCCCUGCCAUUUCUCCUGGCCCACAUGCCCUACUGCCACCCACAAGUCCUGACCCAUUCUUAUUGCUUGCACCCUGAUGUGGCCCGUUUGGCCUGCCCAGGGGCUUGGGGUGCACUCUACAGCUUCUUUGUGGUCCUGUCUGCUAUGGGAUUGGACCCCCUGCUUAUUUUCCUCUGCUAUGGCCUGAUUGGCAGAAUGUUGCAAGGUGUGGGGUCUAAGGAAGAUCGCUGGAAGGCUGGCCAAGCCUGUGCUGCUCACCUUUGUGCUGUGCUCCUCUUCUAUGUCCCCAUGAUCCUGCUGGCACUGAUUAGCCAUCUGAAGCUGCCCAUCCCUCAGCAUGCUUAUACACUUCUCUCCUAUAUCCACUUCCUGCUCCCUCCACUUAUAAACCCUGUUCUCUACAGUGUCAAAAUGAAAGAGAUUCAAGAGAAAAUAUUCAAGAGGUUACAUCCCAGGAAGGUGGGCUGUACUCAGUGA